AUGCUCCCUGGGAAUGAGGAGUUGCCACGUUCCUAUCUCAUCAAGCAGUGCAAAAAUGAUAUAAACAAGCCAUGCGAUAUUACUCGAACCCCUGGACCAGCCGAAGGAGCACAGCUUGAUUUUCUGAAAGAACUGGAGUCAGUUAUUCAAAACCAGGUAUGUUUUAGGGGCUGUCAACAUUAAUUUCUAAAAUGAUAAAUGACUAAUGUCAUGUUAUCAGUUGUUUUUGCUUUAUCUUUCGGCCAUACAGGUAGUUGAAUAACGUACAUUAAACACCCCCUAUACUGUAUCGCUACAUACAUACAUACAUACAUUUAUUGGGUUAUUCCCCGAGUGGCUUUUCAAAAUUCAAUUAACUUUAUAAGAAAAAGCUUUUGCUAUAUACCCAUACUGGCACAACCUCUUCAGAUCCUAUCACUUGUUAACCCUUUAACAGGUAAUGCAACUCCAUGUGACCUAGCCAAUUUAGCAUUUUAUUCUGUCUAAUGUCAUAGUUGUUUGUUUUUGCUGUCUAAAUGCCAAAAAAUUUUAAUUGUCAAGGGCAAAGUCUUGCAUGUUAAUGGUUAAAACCUGUUUGCAGUGUAAAAUAUGUAUACCCAACAAGUUGAACCCCAGCAAGUUCCCCAGUAUGUCAUACUCCUUAACAUAAUUUAUAUAUGUAAUUUCUGUAAUUAUAUAUGUGCAAACUAAUAUAUAUAUAAUUUCUUAAAUCUGUUUGAUAUAGAUAAAUCAGAAUACUCUUGAUAUUACUGAUCCAGAGCUAAAACUACAUAUCAAGUUGUCUGGUGAUGGGGCCAAGAUGUCCCGGCUUACAAACCUUGUGGUGAUUUCCUUCACAGUGUUGAAUAGCUCACAAAAUGUGAUGUCAUCAAAAG